AAAAUGCGGUCAGCUAGAGUGCUCAACGAAUGUUCAUGUCCGGCCGCGCCUGUCAGCUUAGCUCGAGCAUGUGAAGCUCUACGUGUGUCCGAGAAGUGUUACCCUGCAAUGCCCCCUUGACGCCGCCUUCAUAUUCACUUCUAUCCGAUCUCCUGCCAACUUAGGAAGCGGCACGUGCUCGAGCUUCAGACUUCACAGAGGCCUCCGACAUUCAUCACCGGGUCCGAGAACAUUUCUGCCAGCAUGGCAGAGAUCGAAAGACCAGCGGUUAAGCGCCGCAGGAUUUCAACGUCCGCCACUGACGUGCAGUCUGCUAUCUCCCAACCUGGUACAAUCAAGAUCAACGUGACUGGAGCGUAUAUUAUCGACCAUGAGGAUGAGGAUGCUUCGCAAAGUAGUGGCGGCAGCUCGCCUUCUAGCAACCCGGAGAACGAAGAGCAAACGUACCAACACCACAAGCGAGACAUUCGCUUACCGAACCAUACAGCAGUUGUCAGUCAUGUCGCCGCUGACAUCGGUGGCUCUUUAGCCAAAGUGGUCUAUUUCUCGAGAGAGAACGGACAUGCUGAGUCUGGUGGCCGCCUGCACUUCAUCUCCUUUGAGACGGAGAAGAUCGACGACUGCAUCGAGUAUCUCCGUAUCCUACAGGAUCGUCAUAAGCAAACUAAUGGCGCGAAAGCUACUGAGCUGAGCGUCCAAGCUACGGGUGGCGGCGCGUACAAGUUCUAUGAUAGGAUCAGAGAGCGGCUUGGCGUUCAGGUGCAACGGGAGGACGAAAUGGAAUGCUUAAUCAUGGGCCUGGACUUCUUCAUAACUGAGAUCCCGAUGGAAGUCUUUACUUACGACGAUACUGAGCCAGAUAAUCCCGUGACUUAUCAGGAUGCUCGCUCGGACAUCUAUCCGUACUUGCUGGUCAACAUUGGUAGCGGUGUCUCCAUGAUCAAGGUCUCCGGGCCGUCUCAAUUCCAGCGUAUAGGCGGUACGUCGCUGGGUGGUGGUACGCUGUGGGGCCUCCUAUCGCUGCUCACAGGAGCGCGCACGUUUGACGAUAUGCUUGCGAUGGCUGACAAGGGCGACAAUACUUCUGUUGAUCUGCUGGUCGGUGAUAUAUACGGCGAAGGGAUGGGCUACGAGAAGAUCGGGCUCAGCGAGAAGACCAUCGCAAGUAGUUUCGGCAAGGUGCUGAAACGGAAGCGAGAAGCUGAGCGCAACGCAGAGGAUGGCGGAGGACUUACGAAUGGGGACGCAAGUCACGCCAAGCCAGACAUUGCUACAAGCGGUUCGGGUGCAGGCCUGGUCGGAGACGGUAGGAUGUUCAAGCCGGAGGACAUCUCACGAAGCUUGCUAUAUGCGAUCAGUAACAACAUCGGUCAGAUUGCAUAUCUGCAGUCGGAGAAGCAUGACCUCAAGCGCAUAUACUUCGGCGGUUCCUUCAUUCGAGGUCAUCAGCAGACUAUCCACACUCUCUCCUUUGCCAUCAAGUUUUGGAGCAAAGGCACAAAACAGGCGUACUUCCUCCGCCAUGAAGGUUAUCUUGGCGCCGUAGGCGCCUUCAUCAGACGCCGACCUGCUCGCUGGGGCAGGCGAGGCAGCGUUGAGUUCGUGGAAACCUGAACGUCUGUGCGGCUGACGCCGCUUACGGCAGCAACGCAGAGCAUGUCGGGGUGGACGAG